CAACGACCAUCUGCCGCCUCUUUUUCAAUUUCAAGCCAGGCAGAUCAUUUCCACCGACUUCCAGCUUCACUUGCCACAACCGAAAUAACGUCUCAGGGGGGCAGCUACGCAGAAAAGACCGCGCUCUCCUCUCCGCGUAUUGAGGCCAUUUGCGCGCAGCCCUGUCUGCGGAGGACAGACUGCAGCCCCAUCCAGACGGAGCGGAUUUGAAUUAAGCAGCUGAUAACAGACAGCAACUGUGCAUCAUUCAGUGAAGGAGGGAGGGAGGGGGAGCGGGAGGGAGGCAACUGUUUUGUAUCUUGGAAGCCCUGGGUUAGGAGAGGGGGAGGCGGAGCGGAGAAUGAGCUAUUCUUGUACCAGCAGAGGCAACAGUCAGGACCCAUCAAGCGCUGAGAAGCCUGCCGGUAAUAAUCCAGACAGAGACACCGGGGGCACAGACGGCAGCGGUAACGGCAGCCCGAAGCAACUGGCGGCGAUGAAAGUGAAGAAAGGCUGCAACUCGACCGACGUGGGAGUCCCGGUGACCACGGAGGAGGACCUGCUCGCCAGCGCGGUGAUCACUCCGGAGGAUGUGCUGGGCUUGCAGAAGAUCACAGAGAAUUAUCUGUGCAGCCCGGACGAGAACAUUUACAACAUUGACUUCACCAGGUUCAAGAUCAGAGACAUGGAGACUGGCACUGUGCUGUUUGAAAUCACCAAGCCUCCAUCCACAGACAAAGCAGGGGAGAAGAAGGAUGUUGACCCAAACGCUGGACGAUUUGUCCGUUAUCAGUUCACCCCCGCUUUCCUCCGACUGCGGCAAGUUGGAGCCACUGUUGAGUUCACGGUUGGAGACAUGCCAAUAGAAAACUUCAGGAUGAUCGAGAGACAUUAUUUCAGAGAGAAGCUGCUGAAGAGUUUUGACUUUGAGUUUGGCUUCUGCAUGCCCAGCAGCAAGAACACGUGUGAACACAUCUAUGAAUUCCCACCUCUGUCUGAGAACAGCAUCAGAGAGAUGAUCCUGCACCCGUAUGAGACACAGUCCGACAGCUUCUACUUUGUGGACAAUAAGCUGGUGAUGCACAACAAGGCAGAUUACUCAUACAACGGUGGGACGUAGAGACGGCACACUGACCCUAGAGCCAGGUGGAUGUACGGACCGGAGGGACGAUCAGAGCACACUGGUGUGGUUAACAUCCAGCACACUCUUUAUUUCUCUCUUUCUCUAUCUCUUUCUCCAGCUGUGAGGACACCACCCAACAAAACACCCGUUCAGAUGUGUCAGGUGUCAGUUGUAAUCUGUGUGUGUGUCUGUGUGUGUAAUCAUUUAUAAGUUUGUCAAAGCCAAAAAGAAACGCACAUACGGUACACACAAACACAGACACGGUUCACGGGUUGGUGUGGCGCCGUUGUAAGUGUGUUUGUAACAUGAUAAACCAGCAACUCAAAUUAUAAAGUGAAAAAAAAAGAAAAUCAUGUCUUCAAAUAAUGCCAGAAAUUUUUUUUGUUUUUUUAUUCCUGGACAUGUUAGGUUUUAGGAACACAUCCUGCAUUUGAAAAUGUGUUUUUAGGACUUAAAAAACUGUUAUUAUUUCUCAGAUUUAGUGAGCGUGUGUGUGUGUGUGUGUGUGUGUGUGUGUGUGUCUUUUAUAGAGUGUGUGUGUGUUUCUGUACUUUUUGUCCGUCUCAGUUUGAAUAAUUACUGGUCUGGUAAAAAUAUAAUAAUUAAAUGUUAGUGAUGUGGUGAUCUGGUUUGCAGAAUAGAUUUCCAAAACCUGUUAGCACAGUAGGCAGUUUAGUCAUUUUGAGUUAAUCAGUACGGAAGCCCUAACGAGUCAUACAUACAUACAUUUUAUUUCAUCCGUUUUCCUGUGAUAACGAGGUAAUUUCCUCCAU